AUGGUCCGGUCCCAAGAAGUGCACCAUCGUUAUCAGCAGAUUGCGGAUGUUCCUGCUCUAGCUGAGUUGGAACGAGCACGAAGGGACGAACAGAUUAUUGCCCAGGCUGCGGAGUUGACCCGGGUGUCUGUCAAGAACGUGUCAUGCAAAGCGCUGGACUUGCGCUGCGGUAAGAGCUCAAGGCGGCUAGACAAGCCGGAAAAGAGCAAGCGAUGCGGGAAUCCCAAGUUGCCGAAUUAUUGCGCCGUGAUCGGGAGCGUGAAGCUGCGAUGGAACGCGAGCGCAUGGCGCCCGCCCGCGCUCAAGGCAGUCAUCAAGAAGAACCUUGAUCUGGACCAGAAACACCUUCGCAACUAA